ACGUGAGGUUCCGACGGUUGACGGAAAUACCCGAAAAAUUGGACGGGUAGUCAUACCUGUAUAUUUUUGUCACAUGACCAACAUUUUGCAUAUGGCCGUGUAAACAUUAAGUUGAGUCCCCCCCCCCAUGAAAUAUGAAGCUGUGUCUACUGUGCACUUUGGUCAGUUUUGUCCUGAUGGUCAAAGGUCAAAUUCAAAGUCUUGUACCUUGUAAUAGUCAGCCUACAGAUUACACCGGUCCACCACUUCCGGUUUUACCGGAUCAGUUCCAGACGGUGAUUGAAGCAAACAUUGUACAGAAAAACAGAACAGUGAAUCUGAUGGAAUACUAUGAUUUACAUGGUAACAGGGGAGCUUUUUUACACUACAACAGGACUACACAGCAAACUAUGAGAACAGUUAUGGACUUCAAGGCAAAAGAAGCCCGAGUUAUCUAUGAAAAUAAUCUUUGCACUUAUUUGAAUACAAGUGGGUCAAGAAACGGAUUCAUGUUCAUGUCCGCUGAAAAUGGCACCCAAAUAAAGUCAAUAAAAGAAUUACUGUACUUUGGAAAAGAUAAGGGUGAAGUUUUCAUUGAUGGAGAUAAAAAGGUUGGUAUAAUUUUUUUAUGGGUAUAAUAGCAAUAUGAUGGAGCAAGU